AUGAGAUUACACUUGAUCGCCCUGACAGGGCUCCUCUUUGGACCUUUAUGUAUCACCGCAGACCAGAACAUCAAGGUUGAUGACGUCGCAAAACUCGACUUUGCCUCUAUUCCCAACCUGGUUUGUCUCUCAAUCCUUCUCAUCAUCAGCUUGAUGUUACUACGAAGGACCAUGUCACCGGAUCAACUAACCCUUCGACCCUCACAGCCUGGCUCCCUGGAUAACCCGGUCGUCUCUCUGGACCAAAUAUCUGGUGCACCAAACACACCUCGUCAUGUCGAUGCCUACAAGAAAUUGAACAAGGCUAUGGCCAGAGGAUGGGGAAAUUGGAAUGCCCAUCAUCCCAGACAUCGACUCUUAGAUGCCCUAUAUGGAUAUAACAGAUACUACGAACGACAGAAACUUGAGCUUGAUCGACUGAAAGGGCUUUAUAAACACGUUUCAAAAGCUCAAAAGUCUCUACUAGAACACUCAGUUGAAUACUCCAAAAAGUUCACCCGCAUCGAUAAUUUACUCAAGAAGAAUCAAGAACUCUGCAAUAGCAUCGUGCAGCAUGCAAUGAAAUUCUACAACAUUGGACAAGACGAACUCGAUAAGCACAUGAAUGGUCUUGAAGCAUCGGGAAGAUUUGCCGACAAGAUUUCAGUCUCUCAAUCUUUGAAACAUUAUGUUCGUGACUGGACUGAGACAGGCGAAGCUGAAAGAAAAGAGACAUUCUCAUGUCUGACGAAAACACUAGAGAGCUUGUUCCCCGAGAGACAAAGGGAAAAACCUGUGAAGGUGCUCAUUCCUGGUGCCGGACUAGGAAGACUGGGACAUGAUAUUGCAAGACUUGAAGGUUUCGAUGUGACCAUCAACGAAUGGUCAAUGUAUAUGAAUGUAGCAUACCGCUUCCUCGAAGCCAACCGUUCUCAAAACUCACACUCCUUUCACCCUUUCGUCGACAGUUGGUCUCACCACGCCACACAAUCUAAUAUGAUUCGCCCUCUAUCCUUCCCAGACGUAUCUCUCAACUCUACCUCCGUAGUCCUGAUAGAAGGUGACUUCACAACUGUAUUUUCCGCCCCAGGCGAAUACGACGUUGUAGUUACUUACUUCUUCAUCGAUACGGCACGAAACCUAAUGAGUUACCUCGACACAAUCAAAAAAGUGUUGAAACCAGGUGGCCACUGGAUCAAUCUAGGGCCAUUACUUUAUGGGACAGGGCCGUUUGUGCAGUUGAGUUUGGAGGAGGUUUUGGUGGUUAGUGAGGCUUUGGGAUUCGAGUUUCUUGAAACAGAUGACAGCUGUGGAGAGAAGACGUUUGAGAGAAGAACAGUAAGGUCAAUGGAGGCGGCGUAUGGAUUCGAUGACAGUGCUUUGACUAAGAGUGCGUAUAAUGCGCAGUUUUGGGUGGCGAGGAGGUCCAUGAAGCCUUAG